AUGGUUGGUGGCCCUGGUACAUGGCAGAGCAUUGUUGGUGGCCCUGGUAUAUGGAAGAGCAUGGUUGGUGGCCCUGGUACAUGGCAGAGCAUGGUUGGUGGCCCUGGUACAUGGCAGAGCAUUGUUGGUGGCCCUGGUAUAUGGGAGAGCAUGGUUGGUGGCCCUGGUACAUGGGAGAGCAUGGUUGGUGGCACUUGUACAAGGGAGAGCAUGGUUGGUGGCCCUUGUGGGGAACCCACCGCUAAUGGUUGUGAGGACCUACACAAAGUUAAUGGUUGUGAGGACCAACACAAAGCUAAUGGUUGUGAGGACCUACACAAAGUUAAUGGUUGUGAGGACCAACACAAAGCUAAUGGUUGUGAGGACCAGCACAAGGCUAAUGGUUGUGAGGACCAGCACAAGGCUAAUGGUUGUGAGGACCUACACAAGGAUAAUGGUUGUGAGGACCUACACAAGGCUAAUGGUUGUGAGGACCUACACAAGGCUAAUGGUUGUGAGGACCAACACAAAGCUAAUGGUUGUGAGGACCAACACAAGGCUAAUGGUUGUGAGGACCUACACAAGGCUAAUGGUUGUGAGGACCUACACAAGGCUAAUGGUUGUGAGGACCAACACAAAGCUAAUGGUUGUGAGGACCUACACAAAGCUAAUGGUUGUGAGGACCUACACAAAGCUAAUGGUUGUGAGGACCUACACAAAGCUAAUGGUUGUGAGGACCUACACAAAGCUAAUGGUUGUGAGGACCAACACAAAGCUAAUGGUUGUGAGGACCAACACAAAGCUAAUGGUUGUGAGGACCAACACAAAGCUAAUGGUUGUGAGGACCAACACAAAGCUAAUGGUUGUGAGGACCUACACAAAGCUAAUGGUUAUGAGGACCUACACAAAGCUAAUGGUUGUGAGGACCUACACAAAGCUAAUGGUUGUGAGGACCAACACAAAGCUAAUGGUUGUGAGGACCAACACAAAACUAAUGGUUGUGAGGACCAGCACAAGGCUAAUGGUUGUGAGGACCAACACAAAACUAAUGGUUGUGAGGACCAGCACAAAACUAAUGGUUGUGAGGACCAGCACAAAACUAAUGGUUGUGAGGACCAACACAAAACUAAUGGUUGUGAGGACCUACACAAAGCUAAUGGUUGUGAGGUCCAACACAAAGCUAAUGGUUGUGAGGACCAACACAAAGCUAAUGGUUGUGAGGACCUACACAAAGCUAAUGGUUGUGAGGACCUACACAAAGCUAAUGGUUGUGAGGACCUACACAAAGCUAAUGGUUGUGAGGACCAACACAAAGCUAAUGGUUGUGAGGACCAGCAGAAGGCUAAUGGUUGUGAGGACCAACACAAAGCUAAUGGUUGUGAGGACCUACACAAAGCUAAUUGUUGCAACACUGCAUAA